UCCUUAAGCAAAAGAUUUCAACUCGGUGUUCUUGGUUCAGUUCUGCCUCUCUCCUCCUUUAUGCAACUUUCAACACUGGGAUGGAGACUUUUGUUGAUGUGUAGUUCAGCUGUAGUCAAAGUGGGCACUCGUUCACGCAUUUGCGCUCCUCAUAGAGCCAUGUGACUUGUUCCCGAGCACUCCGGAGCUAUUCCCCCUCCUCCCCUCUUGGUUUUCUUUCUGUCUUUUUUUUGCCUCCUCCAAGGAUGAGCUGCUGAGGAGAGGAGGAGGUGUGAAGAGGUGGAUAUGUUUUCCGUUUCGCUAAAGUGCCGGAUGGGGGUCAUCAGACGCAGGAUCAAGGAUGAUGGGCCUUACUCCAAAGGCAACAAGGAAUCUUCAGGGCCUGACAGUUCUCUUAUCUCCAGAAGACAGAGCAUCCCAGAAGAGCUGAGGGGGGUGACACUUGUGGAGCUGAUUAAGAAAGAGGGCAGCACAUUAGGCCUCACCAUCUCAGGAGGAACCGACAAAGAUGGCAAACCUCGCGUCUCUAACCUCAGACCAGGAGGCUUGGCCGCCAGGAGUGACCAGCUGUAUGUGGGGGACUAUAUAAAGUCAGUGAACGGCAUCAAUCUGACUAAGCUGCGUCACGAUGAGAUCAUCAGCUUGCUGAAGAACGUGGGCGAGCGAGUUGUGCUGGAAGUGGAGUAUGAGCUGCCUCCAUCUGCACCAGAUAGCACCUCGGGCGUUAUAUCGAAGACAGUUGAGAUCUGUUUACACAAAGAGGGCAAUAGUUUUGGCUUUGUAAUGCGGGGUGGCGCUCACGAAGACUGGCACAAAUCUCGGCCCUUAGUAGUUACGUACGUUCGGCCAGGAGGCCCUGCUGACAGGGAGGGCACGUUGAAGGCAGGUGAUCGGCUCCUCAGCGUGGAUGGCGUUCCCUUACACAGUGCCAGCCAUAGUGAAGCCCUUACUAUGUUGGCACAGUGUAGUCAGGAGGCCAUCUUCCAAACCGAAUAUGAUGUCACUAUUAUGGAUUCAGUAACACAUGCUUCUGGCCCAUUGCUGGUGGAAAUAGCCAAGUCUCCUGGGGCGAGUCUGGGUAUCACAUUAACCUCUGCCACAUACAGGAACAAACAAGUUAUCAUCAUUGACAAGAUCAAAGCUGCCAGCGUGGUCGACAGGUCAGGAGCUUUACAUGUAGGUGAUCAUAUCCUGUCCAUAGACAGCACAAGUACAGAGCAUUGCACCGUGCUGGAGGCCACUCAGCUAUUAGCCAGCACCUCUGACGUGGCCAAGCUGGAGGUCCUUCCUGCUCAUCAUAUGCGAUUGACCAGCAAAGCUCAGGACACUGUGAAGGUCCAGAAAAGUGACCAUCCCCAUUCCUGGGACCCGUGUGUGAACUACUGCCAUUCUCAGCAUGCUGCUCAAUGUAAGACUCCCACAUGGAUGUCCUCCUCGAGCAAUGCGUCCAGCACUCAGGACUACUGCAAAUUAGCCGUAGUCUGCACUAAUUUCUCCCCCGCAUCCACCACUACAUCAGGCAUGACGAGUCAGUCAUCCAGCACUCUGCCGCGCACUCCACAUCCCAUGAGCCCCCGCAACUCCAUGCUGAAGAGGAGACAGAGAAAAAAAGAGCACAAGAGCUCAUUUUCUCUAGCCUCAAGUUCAGUGGGUCCUGGAGGUCAGAUAGUUCAUACAGAGUCCAUCGAGGUCACUCUAACAGGAGAUCCUCUGAGCGGCUUCGGGGUUCAGCUGCAGGGAGGAAUAUUCGCCACUGAGACACUCUCUACACCGCCAGUGAUCCGAUUUAUAGAGCCUGACAGCUCAGCUGAAAAGUGUGGGCUGCUUCAGGUUGGCGACCGUCUUUUGUCAAUCAAUGGUAUUCCUACGGAGGACGGAACGAUGGAGGAGGCAAAUCAGCUGCUCCGAGAUGCUGCUCUGACUAAUAAGGUCAUGCUGGAGAUUGAGUUUGAUGUAGCAGAGUCAGUAGUGCCCAGUAGCGGCACCUUUCAUGUGAAGCUGCCAAAGAAGAGAGGAGUUGAGCUCGGGAUCAUAAUCAGUGCCAGUAAAAAGCCAGGCGAGCCUCUGAUCAUAUCUGACAUAAAGAAAGGAAGCAUGGCUCACAGAACAGGGACUUUGGAGCCCGGUGACAAGCUGCUGGCUAUAGAUAACAUUCGACUGGAGAGCUGUUCCAUGGAAGAUGCAAUGCAGAUCCUUCAGCAAAGUGAAGACCUGGUCAAGCUCAAGAUCCGCAAGGAUGAAGACAACUCUGAUGAGCAGGAGACAUUAGGCUCCAUUAUCUACACAGUGGAACUAAAGCGCUAUGGUGGCCCCCUGGGUAUCACCAUCUCAGGCACGGAGGAGCCCUUUGACCCCAUUGUCAUAUCAGGCCUCACUAAGAGAGGUCUAGCAGAAAGAACAGGGGCUAUUCAUGUUGGUGAUCGAAUUCUUGCCAUUAACAAUGUGAGUCUGAAGGGCAAACCUCUGAGUGAAGCCAUCCACUUACUUCAAAUGGCUGGCGAAAGCGUGACACUGAAAAUCAAAAAGCAGAUUGAUGAUGAGAAGAAAAGGAACAAUAUAGAUCUUGAAAAUGAGCUGAGUGAUAACGAUGACUCAGAAAUGACAGAUUCUCAGAAGACCAGUAAGUUGUCAGAGAUCUUUUCCACCACUAUUCCAAGUGUGGACUCUGCUAUGGAAUCGUGGGAUGGAUCUACUAUAGAUGCUAGUUAUGGGAGCCAAGGUGGAUACAGCCAGCAGGUAGCAGGUAUUGCCUUGCAUCCACAUGAGUGGCGCAGUGCUAAGAACAGGAACAGCACCCCCCCUCCUGGCCACCACAAGAACUACCUGCUGAGUGAUGGAGGAUUCAGUGAGGAGGACUGGGACAAGCAUGCUGGAUUUGCCAGCCAGACUCCUGCUGAUGGCAUCAUGCUGGACCACGAGGACAACUUCUGGUGCCAGGCUCUGGAGGACUUGGAGACGUGUGGGCAGUCAGAACUCCUUCGUGAGAUUGAGGCCUCAAUAAUGACUGGCAGCACUGUGAGUUUGGGAGUAGAGAGCACCAAGUCUCAGAGUGAAUCAGGGAGCCAGGCCAACAUCAGCCCUCUCAGAAAGAGCUCGCAUCCUCGCAAUGAUGCCAAGAGCAAGAGCACACUACGCAUGUCAGAGAAGACCUGGGAAUCACGGAGGAUCAAGGAGGAGAUGCAAGAGAUCCUGUCUCCCACUCCACUAGAACUGCACAAGGUGACAGUUAUUAAGGAUCCAGAAAGAGAUGAUUUUGGCUUCAGUGUGUCAGAUGGUUUCUUGGAGAAAGGUGUCUAUGUAAACAUGAUCCGGCCCGAGGGUCCAGCAGACCGUGCAGGACUCAGGCCGUAUGACAGGAUCCUCCAGGUCAAUCAUGUGAGGACACGAGAUUUUGACUGCUGCUUAGCUGUGCCUCUUAUCACAGAAGCUGGAGAUAAACUGGAGCUUGUUAUUAGUAGAAAUCCAUUAACUCAGCCUGGUGUUGGUCAAUCUCUCGACUGCCAUUCACGUUCAGCUUCUGUGACACACAGCCGAGAGCACAGCAAGACCACAAUGGAACUGUGACAGCACACUCACCUGGCAGUUACGCCCUGAAACCGAUUCGGGAACUGCUCUACAUGCCAUUCAAAACACUCUGAACCUUGGACUGUAUGUUCAAUAGAUGUGACAGGUUUUCAGUAAAAGAUAAACAAUGACCUGUGCUAAAGUUUUUUUUUUUUGUUUUUUUUUAACAGAACUGUGAUUGAAGUAGAACAGGAAGUGUGAAUGACCUUGUCCAACACUUACAGAGUCUUCUUGUUUGCACCGAAAACAAAGAGCCACUUCUUGUCCAGUGGCAUAAAAAAGAAAUUAUACUGGAUGAAGGUCAAACUUUUCACCAUUGUGUAUAAUGUACACCUUUGUAGUCUUUCCAUAGCAGCCACCUUACUGUAGAAAAGAACAUGCCCUUCAUAAAGCUUUCAUUAAACACUGUAUUUUUCCACUA